GCCCGCCUAGACUUAUCGUGUUUUCCGGUACCGAUUGUGUAGUGACUGACUGCGCCUUUUCACACUCGUGGCGGCCUCAAACUUCAACUCCCGCUGCCACCAUGUUUCACUCUCGUCUGGUAAAUGUUCAACCACAAAGAGAGGACUUUUAGAGCAGUAUAGUUGAGCUUUAUUGCAAACUUCCGCUGCAGUUACAAACCUAGUUGCGCAUGCGCACUUUUUACGUCCUAUCCUUUCGAUUUACGUCAGUUGUGUUCUUGUCAUCUUUUACGCUCGCUGCAUACCAUUGUGGUCUUUUAGUCUGCAUUCAUUCCUUGAUUUUUACGUUCAUUCUUAUUCGUCAGUCGUAUGAAAAUAUACACUUUAUUAAAUAUUCUUGCAAGGAUGAAUUCGAUUUAGUGAACGCUGGAGCUUUUCGAGACAAGUUUAGCUUGCUAGUUAGCUUAGCAGCUUAGCUCUCUAGCUCCUAACAACACACACACCGCUAAGCAGAAAUCAGGUGUGAGAGUAAAGUGUUGUGAUUCUGCGAACAUGUGUAAAGUUCACAUGCUGAGAGAGUUUUGGAGAGACUAACUGCGUCUGUUGAAGAACGAGGAGGAACUUUGUCCAAUAAAAGAGGAGAAGGAGCGACAACAUCAACUACUUGGACGCUGUUUUCAAGAAACAUCAAGUUGUGUUACACAGAACAGCAGGAGUGUACCUCCAGGAUGAUGCAGGAGGAGCUACAGCCCCCCCAUAUUAAAAAAGAAGAGGAUUUGACACAGUCCCCACACAUUAAAGAGGAAGAAGAUACCCCACAGCCCCACCACAUAAAAGAGGAGGCCCAGCCGCCUAACUUUAAAGAGGAAGAUGAAGGGCCACAUCUCCCUCACAUUAAAGACGAAGAGGAGGAACACAGCAUCAGUCAGGAGGGAGAGCAUCUUGAAGGGUUAGACACAUUCCCAGUGAUUGGUGUCCCUGUGAAGAGUGAAGGUGAUGAGGUCAAAGGUGAAAGUGAGGAGAAGAGAGAGGCGGAGCCUCCAAGCAGCAGCUCAACAGAAGCUGAUGGAGACCACUGUGGAGGAUCACAAGCAGACAAGCUCUUAGCUCCACUAUCAGAUAGUGAGGACACAACGUCACACUCUCCUGACACUGAUGAUGAAGACUCUAAAGAUGAUAAGACAUGUCACACUGACAACACACACUUCACAUGUCCUCACUGCGACAAAACUUUUAGUUACCGUCGCAAUAUGAAAAGCCACAUGAGAACACACACUGGAGAAAAACCUUUUUCAUGUUCAAUCUGUGGUAAAAAAUAUACUCAAAGGCACCAUGUCAAAGAACACAUGAGAAUACACACUGGAGAAAAACCUUUUUCAUGUUCAAAAUGUGGUAAAAGCUUUCAACGAAAAGACGUGUUGAAAGAACACAUGAGAACACACACUGGAGAAAAACCUUUUUCCUGCUCAGAAUGUGGUAAAAGUUUUGUACGUCGUAGCUAUUUGAAAGGACACAUGAGAAUACACACUGGAGAAAAACGCAAUACCUGUUCAAUCUGUGGUAAAACCUUUGUAGAAAAACACAAUUUAAAAGUACACAUGAUAACACACACUGGAAACAAACUUUUUUCCUGUUCAGUAUGUGGUAAACAAUUCGCACGGAAACAAUAUUUGAAAGAACACAUGCAACUACACACUGGAGAGAGAACAGUUUCCUGCUCAGAAUGUGGUAAAGUUUGUACACAAAAACAUAAAUUAAAAGUCCACAUGAGAACACACACUGGAGAGAAAGUGUUUAGUUGCAGUGUGUGUAAUGAAAGAUUCUCUUAUAAGAAGCAGUGUAAGAAACACAAGUGUGCUGGUGAGAACAGCAGCAGAAAAUGAAGCUGCAGGAUUUGAAAUAAACUGUCAAAACUUUGUGAACUUUGACUUUCUAAUAUCAGCACAUACAACGUGUGAAAUGAUUGUUGUGUGUGUAACACUGUCGUGUUAAUAUGAUUCUUAUGUUUAUGGAUUAAUGUAUUUAUCUCAGUCAAGUACGUGCAUUAUUAUACAACUUUGUGUACAUUUAUUUUUAAAUAUAUGGUCUUUGAUCAAAAAUGUAAACGCUAAGCAACAGCUUAUUUUGACCAUUUUAUUAGCUUUUUAAAAUACAUUUUAAACAUUUAAGAAAUGUUAUGUAAAGUUAUGUAAACAUUCAUAUAUUGUUUUUACAUGUGUGUUGUGUGUUAAAUAUUUCCAUAUACAUAUUUUUGUAAAUGAUUGCAUAGAUGAACUCCUUUAUAUGAUGUACAUAUUUGUUUUACAUGUGUUCAUACUUUCCCUUUUGAGUACUCAUAAAUCCUUCUUAGUUCAUAUUUACUGGUUCACAUCUGAAACAUCUUCUGGAAGCAUAUUAUUAUUUACUUUAUACAUCAUUUGAACGGUUGUGUUUUAUACAAGAUCAUUUACUUUUAAAAUGUGUGACUUUUUGAAUCAUUUGUUGGGUCUCUAUAAUCUAUUCUAUUAAUUAUCUUUUUUACUCUCUUUUGUAGUAUGAAUAUUGUUUUGUGAUUAUUGUAUAUGUAUGUCCCCAGACCUUUAUGCAAUAAGCAAUGUAUGCUUCAGCUGAAGUUAGGUACAAUAAAUGUAGU